ACAUGGUCUUCAUUCUGAUGCCUUAGAAUAGAAAGUGGCAUCCAAAAAUCGCAAAUUUGACCUAAAAAUUAGCUACAAGAAUUUGACCAAUACCAGCUUCCUCAAAGCUCGAUUACGGAAAGAAAGGCGAACAAAAGAGCCAGAGGGGGAGAGACAAACACAAACAGCCUAGCCAGUUACCGCUUAGGCGAAUUUUCGCAGCAAUGGGAAGUAAAGAGCGAGCCAAGGAAAGAAGAGAAAAGAGACGUCAAGAGAUUUCACUCCUCCGAACUAUUCCCUACUCCGAUCAUCAAAGGUGGUGGUCCUCAGAAACUGUUGCUGUGGUGACCGGUGCUAAUAGAGGAAUAGGAUUUGAGAUUGUAAGACAACUUGCAGACCAUGGAUUGACAGUUGUAUUGACAUCAAGAGAAAGUAGUGCUGGCCUUGAAGCUGUUAAUGUCUUGCAAGAGUCAGGUCUGAGUGUGGUCUUCCAUCAACUUGAUGUCUUAGAUUCUUUGUCUAUCAAACAGUUUACUGAAUGGAUACAACAAACCUAUGGUGUCAUUGAUAUUCUGGUCAACAAUGCCGGUGUGAAUCACAACACGGGGUCUGAUAAUUCUGUUGAAUUUGCUCGUAUGGUUAUUGAUACCAACUAUUAUGGCACUAAAAAUGUGACUAAAGCUAUGAUUCCUUUGAUGAGGUCUUCUACUGCAGGUGCUCGUAUUGUUAAUGUGAGCUCACGGCUGGGUAGAAUAAAUGGCAGACGAAAUAGAAUUGAAGAUGCAACUUUGAGAGAACAAUUAACUGACAUUGAAACACUAUCAGAAGAACUCAUUGAAAGGACUCUAUCUAAUUUCCUACAGCAAGUGGAAGAGGGCACUUGGACAUCAGGUGGGUGGCCUCAGACAUUCACCGACUACUCGGUGUCAAAACUUGCGGUUAAUGCUUUCACUAGGUUGAUGUCAAAGGAACUGUCAGACCGGCCUGAAGAUCAGAAGAUCUAUGUCAACUGCUACUGUCCAGGUUGGGUAAAGACUGCCAUGACGGGUUGGGCUGGUAAUAUAUCAACGGGGGAUGCAGCUGACACUGGAGUAUGGCUUGCCCUGCUUCCAGAUAUGUCCGUGUCAGGAAAAUUUUUUGCAGAGAGGCGGGAAAUAAAGUUUUGAGGCAAUCCUAUGAUACCUAUUACAUGGUCUUUGACUGUGAACCAGUUCUUAUGUCCUUGAUUGAGAACAGAUCUGCAACAUUCAUAGGGGGAAAGCUUAAACCCUGUGAGGGGGUAAUCCUUGUAUUUUCCAACAAGGGGAUGUGCCUUGCAGAUUCUACUCAUACGAGUGAAAGCAGGCUAUUUCACUAUUGGAAUCUACAAGGGUAUGGCGAGAUCUUUAAAAUUUUAAAUUUCCAUUGAAAAUCAUGAUAUGUUAAUUAACAUUUUGUGAGCACACGAUUGCCCUCAAACGCCCAAUCAUCUGAGAUUUAAACCUUGAUUAAGUUGAGUCUUCCCCAUCAGGUUUUUAUUUUAUUUUAUUUUUAAUUUCUUUUACUGUCAUCAAUGUUCUUAUUCAAGCUCUGUAUACAAUGCAAGUGAAAGUUUUCUAUUC